AUGCAACCAUCAGAUCACACCUUUCAUUUCAUCGAUGGACCCUUCAAAUCCAAGUCAGCCGCCGGUCUGGACCUCCGCUAUCCCGAUGGUCCAUAUUACACAUGGUGGGAAAAGGCCACAGUGCCUUCCAUUCGAGAUGCCUGUCAACAUUUGCGUGAAUAUUUGAAUCAGAGCAGCCCUUCCACAUACGAUGGCAUAGUAUGCUUUUCUCGAGGCUGUCUCCUGAUUGCCAGCUACAUCUGGUUUCACCAGGCAGAAAGGCCAACUGAGCCUCUACCAUUCAAAAGCGUCGUAUUCAUGUGCGGCGGGCCAGUCUUUCCGGUGCUAGAGGAGUUGGGAAUGAGCAUUUCCGAUGAAGCUCGUGAGUGGGAUAGGCGGACUAAGUUAGCCCUACGUGAGAGAGCAUCGAAAGAAGCGAUAUUGAAAUUGGGGAAAGACCGAUGGAUUACCCCCGGGGCAAAUGGUGACAGUGAUCUUCAUUUGGAUCCAUCCGCCCCGAUUGACCUUUCGGACGUCUUUGGAGUGGAUACCCUACGCAUGCCCCAGGAGCUGCGAAUCAAUAUCCCAACGCUCCAUGUCUAUGGACGAGUUGAUCCACGUUUGCCUGCUUCGCUGCAAUUGAUGUAUUUGACAGAGUCUACUAAGAGAUUGUCAUAUCAACAUGAGGGGGGACAUAACAUACCGAGAAGCUCUGCCACAGCCGAAGGAAUUGCGCGGUUAAUUGACAAGUGUGCCCAAAUGAUAGUGAUCUAA